CCGUGCGUCCAGUUAGGUUUACAAGCCCUGCGAAGAUGGCGACUUCAGGGAGGAGUGCAUUAUUAUCCUCCACAUCAGCUGGACCUAAGAGCACACUGGAGAGCUCCAACCCAGAAGAGGAUGAUGGGCAGAACCUAUGGUCCACCAUCCUGAGUGAAGUGUCCACCCAUUCAAGAUCAAAGCUACCGUCUGGGAAAAAUGUCCUGGUCAUGGGUGAGAUGGGCUCGGGGAAGACCACCUUGGUUGCAAAGUUACAAGGUAUUGAGGAGUACAUGAAAGGGCGUGGCCUGGAAUAUCUCUACUUCAGCGUUCACGAUGAUGACAUUGAUGAUUACACUCGAUGCAACGCGUGGGUCUUGGACGGAGACCUCUACCACAAAGGUCUGCAGGGAGUAGCUGUUCCAGUGGGCUCCAUCGAAGACACUUUGCUGCUGAUAGCAGUUGACAUGUCACGGCCAUGGACCGCCCUGGACUCUCUUCAGAAGUGGGCUGCCGUUGCUAGGGAACACAUUGACAAACUCCGAGUCGCUCCAGAAAAGCUGCGGGAGCUGGAACACAAAAUUGUAAAACAGUUUCAGGAGUACACAGAGCCGGGCAGCGGAGAGGACGGCACGCCACAGAGGAGGAGUGACGAGGAGGAAGGCGUGCUGCUGCCGUUAGGGGACAACACACUCACACACAACCUAGGAAUACCGGUGGUGGUUGUCUGCACAAAGUGUGAUGCUAUCAGCACACUGGAGAAGGAGCACGACUACAGAGACGAACACUUGGACUUCAUCCAGUCCCACAUCAGACAUUUCUGUCUGCAGUAUGGCGCCUCUUUGCUUUACACGUCAGUGAAGGAGAUGAAGAACCUGGACAUCCUUUACAAAUAUCUUGUUCACAGACUCUACGGCUUUCCCUUCCACUGCUCGGCUCAGGUGGUGGAGAGAGACGCCGUUUUCAUUCCGUCAGGUUGGGAUAAUGAGAAAAAGAUUGCUAUACUUCAUGAGAACCUCCAGACGCUGAAAUCAGAUGACAGCUACGAGGACGUAGUAGUCAAACCGCCAGUUAGAAAGAUUGUCCAUGAAAAAGAGAUUCAGGCAGAAGAUGACCAAGUGUUUCUGGUAAAGCUGCAGACGCUGCUUGCCAAACAGCCCGCUGUAACAGCAGGGCGACCAGUGGACACCACUAGCAGGGCGCCCACAGGUUCACCGAGAACAAGCAAUCGCUCCGCAGCGGCCAACGUGGCGAACGCCAUGCCACAGUCAGGUCAGACAAGUGAGGGUGUGCUGGCCAAUUUCUUCAACAGUCUACUGACAAAGAAAGCCGGGACAGGCGGCCCCGGGACACCAGGUGGUAACAACACUCCAGGAACUGUACGGAAGUCAGGUUCAAAGCUGGGACUGAGCGACGUCCAGGCAGAGCUGGACCGCAUAUCCAACCGGGAAACUGACUCAGACUUGUCCAAUGCCAACGACACCGCCGCCACCGACGGCCAGGACACAUGAAGAGCAACGCACUUCACCACUGCUCUCCUUCUAUUCCCUCCUCUGCACCUCCCUUCUUCCCUCCACCUUCAACCUCCACUUCAUCAUAAAGAACGCGGUGAGGGUGGGGUCAGGGGGUCGGAUGGGCGGACAGAUACUGUCGUUCUCAUCACUGUCUCCUCGAAGAGAACUCCCCAUCUCUUCCCCCUUACGUCUUCUCUCACCCACACCUCGUUCCUGCCCCCUCGUUUUGUUUUUGGUUGUUUUUUUUUUUUGUCUUCUCAGCUGUUACACCAAGGACAAGUUUGUGUCACUGUUACAUGCAAGUACGUGUCUGUGGGGAAAGCGGGGACCAGUUGGGGUGAGAGGGAGAGGGUGAAAAAGGAUUGACUGAAAGUGAGGAUGUUUUAUGCAUUCAUUUACUGUGAUGGUACAGUUAGUGUUUUUACAGUAUAAAUGCUGAGGGCGCAUGUUGAUGAGACUGCACUUAGGGUAAAAUAGGAGGGAGGGCUUUUUGUUUAUCGUACAAAAAGCACCAGAUGGGGGACAAAAAAAAUAAAAUAAAAAUGCAAAUUGUCUUUUUUUUCUUAAGAUGAAGGGAAAACAUACCAGUAUUUGUAUGUAUGUGUGUGUGUGUGCUUGUAUGGAUGUGUGAUUGUGUGAAUAAAAGUAUAAGAAUGUGGUAGAUAGAGGAUGACUAGGAAAGUUUCAACCAGAACCCGUUUCUUACGAGAGAUUUUUGGGCUGUUCACUACCAAAUGGGAAACAUCAUUACCAUUGUCAUACACUACAAUUACACCAGCUACAUCUGUUACACUACCAGACUUAAUUGAGAAAUACAAAUAAAUAAAUAAAUAAACGUUGAUACGCAAACACUAAGGUUUCUUGUCCUAUAAUUGGCCAAACGAUCCACUGGGGUGCUGCUACCAAACACUUACAGCAAGAGGCAGUGCAGCAAACUGAAAGAGUGCUAAGCAGAGGGUGGGGAUGGCUGAGCUUUACUUGUACAGAAAAUAAAAGCAUUUGCAAGUUUAAUAGUUGCUCUUUGUGGGGUGGGUGGUGGUAAAGGUUUAAGGGGAGGGGGCAUUAGAACAAAGGGAGGGUCACAUCCAGAAUGUACAGUCAUUGUCUCGCUGAUUGGUCCUGUUAUUUCAGAGCUCCGUGUUGGCGUUUGUAUAAUCAGACAUGUCAAUCAGUCAAAUAAAAAGGUGUAUUUAUUCGGAUUUA